CAAGCAGCUAAACACAUACAGCCAGUUUCCCGCCCUCCGCUACUACCACCACUACCAGCUUUUGGUAGGACAUUUAUAUCCGGGGCACUCGAAGGGUCUCGGCCUUAUGACAUCGUAUCGUCUCUGUCUUUGAUUUGGGUCGUCGUUUAUGCAAUACACACAAGCACUGGUUGGAUUGAAGGACGGUUUGACUGGUAUCAUACGAUUAGUACCGCUGUAUAGUUUGAAGUGAAUCGACGCAAUCCGCAACGAGUCGGUCGCACACAUUGUACUCCGCCGAAAUAUGGCGAUGGCAGUUAGUACAUGGAGGGACCCUAAUGAAGACCUGUCAGCCGACAAACAGCAGCACCAACAGCAGCCGCCGCCGCCACACCAACAGCAGCAGCCGCCGCCGCCAACCCAACCCCAACCCCAACAACAGCCUCCGCAACAAACCCCGACCACACCGCAGCAGACACCACCAGCACCGCACCAGACCAUCACUCCACAACAAACUUCAACGCCCCAGCAACCCCCACAGCAGACGGCGACUCCACAGCAGACAACAACUCCCCAGCAAACAGCAAGUCAACAGCAACAUAUAGAAUGUGUAGUUUGUGGAGAUAAAAGCAGUGGUAAGCACUACGGUCAGUUCACAUGCGAAGGAUGUAAAAGUUUCUUCAAACGGAGUGUACGGCGUAAUCUGACCUACACUUGCCGUGCGAACCGCAACUGCCCCAUAGACCAACACCAUCGUAAUCAGUGCCAAUAUUGUCGGCUGAAGAAGUGUUUGAAGAUGGGAAUGCGCAGGGAAGCUGUCCAGAGAGGCAGGAUUCCCCCGACUCAGCCAGUACCCGGCCAAUACGCCCUAACUGACGGUCGGUUUGACGGGCACUCCUACCUUUCGGGAUUUAUAUCGCUAUUAUUACGUGCAGAACCAUACCCAACGUCGCGAUACGGAGCGCAGUGCAUGCAGUCCAACAUGAUGGGAAUCGAUGGCAUAUGCGAGCUGGCAGCCCGUCUCUUAUUCAGCGCUGUAGAGUGGGCUCGCAACAUUCCAUUCUUUCCCGAUCUACAAGUAACCGACCAAGUCGCCCUGCUCCGUAUGGUUUGGAGCGAGCUAUUUGUGCUGAAUGCAUCACAAUGCUCUAUGCCAUUACACGUAGCUCCUUUGCUAGCCGCCUCCGGCCUGCACACCAGUCCGAUGUCCGCCGACCGUGUUGUAGCGUUCAUGGACCACAUCCGAAUAUUCCAAGAACAAGUGGAAAAACUGAAGGCUCUACAUGUCGACUCCGCCGAGUACAGCUGUCUGAAGGCCAUAGUACUAUUCACUUCAGAUGCUUGCGGAUUGUCGGACGCAGCCCACAUUGAGAAUCUACAGGAAAAGUCCCAAUGCGCCCUGGAAGAGUACGUCCGGAGUCAAUAUCCUAACCAACCAAACCGUUUCGGGAAAUUACUGCUCCGUCUGCCUUCUCUGCGUACAGUGAGUUCGCAAGUAAUCGAACAGCUAUUCUUCGUACGUUUGGUAGGUAAGACACCGAUAGAAACCCUGAUUCGAGACAUGCUUCUGUCUGGUAGUUCCUUCAACUGGCCAUACAUGGCAAUCCAAUGAGAAAGAACAGAACUUUUUAACGAAUUCCAAUUACCAACCCUGUUACCGAACGCAGGAGAAUACAACAAAUGACAACAAAUGUAACAACAAGUCUUUCUUUUAAAACACCAUGAGAAGUUAGUUUUGUAUGCUUUCUUUUGUAACUUGUAAAGAAGCAUAUGUGACACUUUUUUUUUAAAAAGGAAAGAAAAAUUAUUAUUAUUAUUAUAUUUUUGGACUUGAAAAAGUCUGGAAUGGCGAAUUUUAUUAGUGUACCAUUGUGUUCAAUGUAGAAAAAACGUUCUAUAUGUUGAAAAAAGAAAAAAAAUGCUCAGAGCAGAAACAAAAAAUGAAAGUUCUAUUAUUUUUUCUAUUGAAGAAUCAAAACAUAAAGCAAACAAUAUUUUAUGCCGACUUCUUCAAAAUACACCUGGAUAAUAACACAGAUUUUUUUAACACUGUUUGUUUCGAAAGCGGAGAUAUUACGUAUCAUGUUUAUGGUAGUGCAUUUCUUAGUGUUUUUUGAAUGUAGGUGGCUGUAGGGUAAUGUUGAAAUGUGAUUUCGGUGUUCUUUUCGUCUUUUAUACCAGGUUCAAAACCGGUGUGUUUUAUUCAUGAGAAACAACACAAAAAACGUCACUUUAUUUCCGAGCCUUUUUUUUUUUGAUAAUGACAUUUCUUAGAUGUACUACACAAUGCAUUGUCGUAUCACAACGAGUAAGACAUAUAAACAAAAAAAUGUAAACAAAAACUAAAAAAAAAAGAGAGGAGGAACCAAGCAACCACUAUGUCCGUGGUUGACGCGGAGGCUUUGAGCCAGUUUAAGAGAGUAGAAAAAGUAAAUCAAAAAUUAUUAAAAUAAUGAUAAUAAUAUUAUUAAUCCAUUUAUGUUCAUAUAUUUCCAUGGAUUACGAUUGUGUUGGACACAUGAUGCGUGACUGCCCAUAUAUGGGUCCUACAUGUUGAUUUCAGACUUGCGUGUUCAUGCUAUUCGUUGAUAACUAUAUUUGCAUAAAGCUAUGCCUAGCUACCGUGUCCAAGACACACUUUUUGCCUCAAUUAAACAGAUGUGUAUAAAAUUAAAA